AUGCAGUUCAGUAAAUCACUCGCCUUCCUCGUAGCCACUCUGGCAACUUCGCUCACCGUUGCUCGGACUGCCAAUCCGCCCGGAAACUGGGGUGUCCUCCUCUUCCCCAAUUUCGCGGCAUUAGACGUCUUCGGGCCCAUAGAAGCCCUCAACCUGCUCUCCGAAACAGUCCCCCUCAACCUCUCCCUCAUCGCCAAAACGCUCGACCCCGUACCCACUCAACCGCACGUACUAGGCGAAGUGUCCAACUUCACCCAGUCCGUCGUGCCCACGCAUACGCUGGCCAACGCGCCAUCGGACAUCGAAGACUUGCGAGACGAAAUCGCUUUCAUUCGCGACACGUAUCCGCGAUUGAAGUACCUCAUCGCCGUGUGCACUGGAGCAUGGUUGGCUGCGGACUCGGGGGUGUUGGAUGGCCACAAUGCCACCACCAACAAAGCAGCUUGGGCGGAGAGACCAGUGAACAACACUGUCAAUUGGAUCGCCCACGCACGCUGGGUGGUUGACGGGAAUAUUUGGACCAGCUCUGGGAUCAGUGCAGGGAUCGAUGCAGCAUUGGCGUUCGUGGGGGAGAUUUAUGGCGAGGGACUUGCGACCGACAUCGCGAACGCCAUGGAGUACGAGAGAAACACAGACCCGACCAGGGAUCCGUUCGCAGACUUGUACGGACUUUGA